AUGCGCCCCGCCCCCCUUGGUCCUGUGCUGGCGCCUUUGCUUAGCUCGCCAGCAACAAUGACGGAUCAGCGACGCCAACAGUAUGAGGAUGCCUUCCACAUCCAUGCUGGCCCCGCCGGGUCGCUAAGCCUGCCACAGUGCGGCAAUGCUCUCCGUAGCCUUGGCUUCAACGUCUCUGACGGCGAGGUGGCCACCUCAGCGGGUGGAUCGACCAACCUUCAAGCGUUCCUGACGCUGGCACAAACCUUUGCGGCCCGCGGUGCUCCCUCGGAUGAUACAUUGUAUGCAGCCUUCCGAGUGUUUGACAAGCUUGGCAAUGGCACCGUCCCGGCCAAGGAGUUUGCUCAGUAUUCGCAGAUUCUUGGCGAUCGUCUCUCUGAUGCUGAGGUUGCCCAGCUCAUGCAGCACGCCAACAGCGGCAGCAUCAACUAUGAAAAAUUCUUCUGUCGUGAUCAAUUCGUUGAGAACAGCGUUGAAAAUGGCUGGAUCAUCAACGAAAGGGGGAGGGGAUAUUAUGCUUUAAAAAAACGGGAAAGAAUAAAAGAGGCAAGGGAGCAGAAGGAAAAUCACAAGAGUCAGAAGAGGAGCAAAGCCCCUACAGAUGUAUUCUCUGAUGAAAAGAAAAAGAGGGGAGAAAAAGAGGGGAAGGCAAGCAAGAACGCAACUCGAUAAUAAUGAAAGUGCCCUUAGGACACUGUGGCAUGGCCGGCACGGCCUUCGACAAACAUGUUGGACAUCCAUCUCAACAUAUGAAGCAAAGAAUAUGAGCACACACACACGCACGCACGCACACACGACUCCAAUGAAUACAAAAUCGCACAUGCGUGCGUGCGCUCACGAGAGACCACGACUGCCAAAGGCCUCCAAGGCACAGCCGGUCUCGAUCAAACAUGGGUUGUACUAAACAAAAAACAAAAACAAAGAAACGAAGCACACACAUGGAAAACAAACAAGCACGCCCGCACGCCCGCCCGCCCAGCUUGAGACAAAGAGGGGCUUUAAAGCGCCAGUGCGAGAAUAAGAGGAAUGAACGAGUGCAAACAAGUCCAAGAUCUAAAACUGAUCAUUUGAAGCCAAAUCACACGCCUCGGUAGCCUUGAGCGAACCGUUGCGACGUCGCG